AUGGCAUCCGUCACUCCUGUCACUUCUUCAUCAACCAAGAAACUUCGCGUUUUGUGUCUCCAUGGCUUUCGGACGAACAUCCAAGUGAUGGAAAGUCAGACACGCGGGCUACGAGACGCAUUGGGUCCCAACACGGAGUUUGUAUUUCUCAACGGACCUUUUGAAGCGCGUGGACCAACCGACGAGGUCAUUGAGCACAUGUUCGGCGAUACCUCGCCGUUCUACGAAUGGUGGGCUGCCCGGUAUCUGGAAAAGGAGGAGCGUGAGGACAUUGAAGCCGAGGAGGGCGUCCCGAGAGGCACAACCAAGCGCUGGUGCCUCGAGUUUGAGGACAUCGACCAGGGCAUUGAGUACAUGGACGAGAAACUAAACGAGCUGGGCGAGUUUGAUCUGGCCGUCGGAUUCUCGCAGGGUGCCAUCAUGCUUACGAUCCUGUCUAUGUGGUACCUCAAGAAGACCAACAAACGUUGGUGGAAACUCCUUCUCUGCGUCUGCGGCGUGUAUCCCAGAGGUAUCAACGUCCGGGAGCUGUUCGAGACGCACGAAGGACAGCAGAUUCUGGUACCGUUCCCUUCGAUCCAUGUUGUGGGACAGAAGGACAGUCUGUAUAAGGAAUCGUUGGUUCUAAAAGACAUGUUCACGGGAAACGCCAAGGGCAGUCCGUUGCCGAGACUUUUACUAGAACACGACGGUGGACACAAAUUCCCUACUCCUAAACGACACAAGAUGUUCUACGCCGACUUGGCAAGCACAAUCUGGCAGUUCUUUAAUGACACCCGUCAAAGCUCCAUUGCAAGACUUUAA